UGCUCUGCCCACGCGCACCGCAUAUAAGCACCCGGAGGUCACUGUCUGCGUGCAGUGUUGUGCGAACCCCGAACGCAAGCGCACGCGUCGCAGAGAUGAAGUCCGCAAUCCUUCUCGUUCUGCUGGCCGUGGUGGUGGCCGCCCUGGCCAAGCCCGGUGGCUACGGACUCGCCGGCGCCCCCGACCGAGGCUACGACGGUCCUGGCGGCUACAGGGACGGCCGGCAGUACUACGGCGGCUACCCGGGAGGCUACGACGGCGGCUACGGCCAGGGUGGAUACGGCGGCGGCUACGGUGGCGGCUACGGCGGCUACAGGCCCGGCUACAACGGCUACAGUGGAUACGCCGGCCGCCCAGGAUACAGUGGCUUUGGUGGUUACGGCGGCAACGGCGGUUACGGUGGAUACAACGGCUACAGUGGAUACAACGGCUACAACGGCUACAAUGGAUACAGCGGCUACAGUGGGUACCCCGGUGGCCGCCCCGGUGGAUACUACGGCGGAAGGCCCGGCUACGGUGGCUACUCCGGCGCCAACGGGUACGGUGGUGGAUACGGUGGGUACGGCGGGUACUCUGGGUACGGCGGAAACGGCGGCUACGGCGGAUACUCCGGCAUCUACGACAACUACUACAAGAAGUGAGCCCUGCCAGCGUAUUUUGCAUUACGAACUACACAUUGUGAUAGCGCUUCGCAGCGCCUUGGUUUUGCCUGGAGAGAUUUGUCGGUUGUUCAAAUCGUACUAGUCAUCCUAUUUAUUUAAUAAAUAUGUUUGAAAUAAAGACCAAUGUCUCUACCGAUUUUA